AGACAGAAUCCGAUGCUCACCCACACAACCCACCACCGUCUUGCCGCCGUGAAGUUCCUCCCUCCUAUCCUCUCUUAUAAAACCCACACCCGAACCCAGUGGCUGUCAACAUCAAUGAUUUUGCCUUGAUAUCUAAUCAAAUCUUACUACACUCCAAGAAUCCCCCCAACACAAACCUUGUUUGUUUGUUUGUUUUUCUCACUACUCUCUCUCUCUCUCUCUCUCUCCAACACAUUCCUUACUUUACUCUUUUUCAUUUUCAUCCAAACACACCCUUCUAGUCUCUCUCUCUCUCUCUCUCUCUCUCUCUCUCUCUCUCUCAAUAGCUUAUUAGCUGCUACAAUUCGUUCCAGAAACUAAAGAAAAAGAGUCAGACAAAUGAGUCGUUUAUGGACUUUGAUCACCUAUGUUCACUCCCUUGCUGGGCCGGUUAUGAUGCUACUGUACCCAUUGUAUGCAUCGGUGAUUGCAAUAGAGAGCCCAUCAAAGGUGGAUGCUGAACAAUGGCUUGCUUAUUGGAUCCUCUAUUCAUUCCUCACCCUCAUGGAGAUGCUUCUCCAUCCCAUCUUACAAUGGAUACCAAUAUGGUACGAUGUAAAACUAGCAUUUGUGGGGUGGCUGGUUUUGCCUCAGUUCAAAGGAGCAACUUUCAUAUAUGAGAGGUUUGUGAGAGACAAUAUCAAGAGAUAUUCCAAUGCCAAUGCCAAUGCCAAUGCCAAUGUCAAUGUCAAAGCCAAGAAGAACAAGGCAGUGCACUUCAUUACCUCUAAAAAAGUGAGUUAAUUAUAUUAAAUUAAAUUAAAUUCAUCUCUUUUAAUUUUCUUAAAAAUUACCAGUUCUUGUUAGACUCUUUAAUUACUUCAUGUGUUUACUAAUAUAUGUCUAAUGGGCAGGGAGAGCACGAGGAUUCUUGAAGGAGAAGAACCCAUGUUUACAAUGGUUGUACUCAUUAUCUUUUUGCAUUCUGUACAAGUUUGCAAAACUAAUAGUAAAUUAUAAUUUGCAAAA